AUGUCCAACUCGUCCUUGUCUUCCCUCGGCGGUGCCUGCGGAAUGUCCGCAUCUACCAUCGUCGCGAAGGCCGCGUCCGGGUCGCAUGUCCUCAAGAUCGAUGGCUACUCCCGCACCACAGGGUUCGGCGUCGGCCAAUUCAUCACGUCGAGGUCGUUCAAAGUCGGAGGCCGUCGCUGGUGCCUGCGAUACUACCCCGACGGUUGCGACUACAACUGCAACGACUGGAUAUCCAUCUUGCUCUGCCUUGAUCUCAGCGAGGCAGGCGAAGUCAGAGCACUGUACAAGAUCAGCUUGCUUGAUCAGGAAGGCCACCCGGUGGCAUCAUAUGUGAGGGAAAGCCAGACAUGCAUGACCUUCUCGAGAAUGGUAGCGCCACGCGGUUUCGGCCACUUCAUAACUAAGGCAGGAUUGCAGAAUCCGCUUUACCUGAAGGAUGAUGCUUUCAGCCUGAGGUGUGAUAUCACCGUGGUGACCGGGAUCGUCACGGAGGACGUUGUGAUUCCCUCGGCGGAACCCCUGACAUAA